UCCGCGAGGUGUCGCGGGCGCGCGUGCACGAGAGCAUCAUCACGCGCAGCAUCUUUCGCCCACCAACGUCUCUUUAUUUCAAUUCACUUUAAUUCUCAGGCAAAAAACCGCGUCGUGUCUGGAUAUCCCGCUCUGCUGGAUCGCCGCGAGGACACCUGCGCUUCUGGAUCGGAGUGUUUUCAUGGAAAAUGGCGAGAUGGGCUCACGCGCGUCUGCUGAUGAUGGUGGUGAUUUUCAGCGGGUCGUGGACCGCAGUGGACGCGCUCACAUUUCCACAGCAUUACACGAUCAUGCACUGGGCUCGUCGCAUCGAACAGGAGAUUGACAGAGUCUUGCAGCACAUCAGCGGCGCUCAGCAGCUGAAAGGGAUCUACGGUGAGAAGAGAAGACAGUUCAGUUUGGUCAGAAAUAACCCUCGAGAAAUUGUAGAGAAAGUGGCAACAGACAUCGAGAGACUGCUGGCCAAGAAACGCAAAGCACUUGAGAAACUUGCGAGUGAAGCGGAGCGUCUUCAGAAAGAUCAUCGGUGGCAGGAUGGGAUCAAGGAGGAAAAUAUUGAAUAUUAUAACUCUAAAGCAGAGAUGGACUAUGACGGUGAGGACAUUGAUUCUCAGAUGUCGUUGAAACUGGAGUUCGUGUACGAUUCGAACUUCAAAAACCAUGUGAAUUACUCACACACCGCCGUCCAGAUCCCCACAGACAUCUACAAAGGCGCGCCGGUGAUUCUGAACGAGCUGAACUGGACGCAAGCGUUAGAGCGAGUCUUUAUAGAAAACAGCAGAGACGACCCUUCGUUGCUCUGGCAAGCAUUUGGAAGCGCCACCGGUGUCACGAGAUAUUAUCCAGCUGCUCCCUGGAGAGCACCGGAUAAGAUCGACCUUUAUGAUGUACGAAGACGACCAUGGUACAUUCAAGGAGCAUCCUCGCCCAAAGAUAUGGUCAUCCUCGUAGACGUGAGCGGCAGCGUCAGUGGACUCACUCUCAAACUGAUCAAAGCUUCGGUCACGGAGAUGCUCGAUACACUCUCCGAUGAUGAUUACGUCAAUGUCGCAAGGUUCAAUGAGAAGGCAGAGGCGGUGGUGCCCUGCUUUAAACACCUGGUUCAGGCCAACGUGCGCAAUAAGAAGAUCUUUAAAGAAGCUGUGCAGCAGAUGCAGGCCAAAGGAACCACUGAUUACAAAUCCGGCUUUCACUUUGCUUUCAACCAGCUGCUCAACAAGACGAAUGUUCCUCGAGCCAACUGUAAUAAAAUCAUCAUGUUAUUUACCGACGGAGGGGAGGACCGAGCUCAGGACAUCUUUGAGCAGUACAACUGGCCCAAUAAGACGGUCCGCGUGUUCACGUUCUCGGUGGGGCAGCACAAUUAUGAUGUCACUCCGCUGCAGUGGAUCGCUUGUGCUAAUAAGGGAUACUAUUUCGAGAUCCGCUCCAUCUGUGCUAUAAGGAUUAACACCCAGGAAUAUCUGGACGUGCUGGGCCGCCCCAUGGUUCUGGCAGGAAGAAGUGCCAAGCAGGUGCAAUGGACCAACGUCUAUCAGGACGCGCUGGGUCUGGGGCUGGUGGUGACGGGGACCAUGCCGGUGUUCAACCUCACUGUGGACGGAAACUCUCAGAAUCAGCUGAUUUUAGGGGUCAUGGGGGUCGAUGUUCAUCUGGAUGAGCUGAAGAGACUCACGCCACAAUACAAGCUGGGAGCAAACGGUUACAUCUUCGCCAUUGACCCAAAUGGAUACGUGCUGAUGCAUCCGAACCUGCAGCCUCGAGAGGAGGAUUUACCAGAGCCUGUGACACUGGACUUCCUGGACGCUGAAGUAGAAGACGGCAGCAAACAGGAGAUUCGCCGGCAAAUGAUUGAUGGCCGAUCGGGGGAGAUGACAAUCAAAACUCUAAUUAAAUCAAUAGACGAGCGCUACAUUGACGAGGUCACGCGUAUGUACUCUUGGACGCCCAUCAACGACACCGAUUACAGUCUGGGUCUGGUACUUCCUCCGUACAGUGAAUAUUACAUCCAGGCCGAUCUCAGCGAUGUCAUGCUGCAGCUACAGUAUUUACAGUCCCUGCUGCCUAACUCCUUUGAGUCGGCUGGUCACGUGUUUCUAGCUCCCAGAGAAUACUGCAAGCGUCUGCAGAUGGCUGAGAAUAACACACAGUUCCUGGCGGACUUCCUGUCUCUGAUGGUGGAGAUCUCACCUGAAUCUGAAGACUGCGAUCAGGGUCUCAUUCAUAACCUGAUCUUGGAUUCUGGGAUCCUCUGGAAUCUCGCCACACGUGUUUGGCAGAACAAAGAUCUCAACACGUACGGCUUCCUGGCGCUGUUUGCAUCCACCAAUGGAGGCGUCACGCGCAUCUACCCCAACACAGCUGCUGAAUCAUGGGACGAGGAUCCUGAACCUCUGAACUCAAACUUCUACCGUCGCACUCUGGACAACAAAGGCUACAUCUUCAGAGCGCCGACACGAACCUCAAUGGACGAUCUGUUAAUCUCAGAGAAUGGCACUGUGGGGAUUUUGGUUACCACUGCCGUGGAGGUCGUGAUUUCAGGCAAAACCAUGAAGCCUGCAGUGGUCGGCGUUAAGCUGGAUUUAGAGGCCUGGGUCGACAAGUUCAAGAUCCUCGCCAGCAACGUAUCAGACAGCAGACAAUCUGCUCAUAAGUGCGGCCCCUCCAGAUCCUGUGAGAUGGACUGUGAAGUGAACAGCGAUGAUUUGUUGUGUUACCUGAUCGAUGACGGAGGUUUCCUGGUGAUGUCCAAUCAGAGAGAUCACUGGAAGAAGGUGGGUCUGUUUUUUGGCGAGGUCGACCCCUACCUGAUGUUCGCCCUGUACAACAACUCAAUCUAUGCCCGUCAUCAGACCUUCCAGUAUCAGUCGGCCUGUGAGCCGACAGCCAGCAGCCACACAGGAGCCGCUCACAGAGGAUUUUAUGUGCCAUCCAUUGCUGAUUUUCUCAGUCUGGCCUGGUGGACGUCAGCAGCGGCGUGGUCUAUUCUUCAGCAGUUCCUGUAUGGACUCAUCUACAGCAGCUGGUUCAACACAGAAGACGUCUGGGCUGAGAGUUCGGACACUAAAGGGAGCAGCAGCUGUGUGACGGUUUACAGUCAGUUCUACUUCACAAACACCACUAACUCCUUCAACGUGCUGCAGGAUUGUGGGAACUGCUCCAGUGUGUGUGUGGGAAAAAGUAAUUUGUGCAUUUUAAUAAACACUAUUCCUAACACAAACUCUCUUUAUGUUAGAUUGUUCCACGCCAAGCGUAUAGAAAACACAAACCUGUUGUUUGUGGUGGCGGAGACACUGCCCUGUAGCUCCUGCGAGAUCGAGAAACUCCUGCCUGUCAGAACAAAAUCUCAAGAAGAGAAUCCGUGUGAGGUGUUAAACUCUGCUCGCUAUCGGAAAGGACCUGACAAAUGCUUCGACUACAACUCAGAGGAGAACACGUCGGAGUGUGGCAGCGCUCACUCUUUACACUGUCCGAUGCGAGUUCUGCUCUGGAUUCAGUUAUCAUGGCUUUACCUCAUUCUACGAUCGUAAUCUGAGUCCCACUGCCUUCGAUGUUCCUGUUCCUCAUCCGCGCGUCAUUCCGGUCCUCUCCUGAACCCUUUUGGUUUUCCGGCUCUCUGUUUCAUCGUGAGGUGCAUUCCAACUGUGUGCCGUUACAGCAGAGCAUGAUGGGAAAACGUGUCUUAGUAACCCCAACAUUGUGCAGAUCCAAAAAAAAAACAAAACUGUCUUAAAUCAUUUCAUCUUUAUAUUCAGAAAACAUACAAAAAAAACAGUCUUUCUGCUGCCGUAAAGUAUUUUUGCUUGCCAAAAACAGGAAAGGACCUGGUUUGUUUCGAAACACUGAAACGCAACUCACGUUUUGACGGUUAUUAUCACAAUCUCGCAUUGUGUGUUUAUUUGAGUCUUGCUUCGUUCUCAAUUUAGUGCCAAACCCUGACGUACGUGGAUGCUCAAACGCUGGGGAUGCGCAGCUUACGUUGAAAUAUCUUUUUUUUUUUUAAGCUUCCUUGCCAAGAGAGAAUGCUGUAUUAUUGCAAACUGCUUCGUUUAGAAAAGAAGAUGAUUUAGAUUUUGUUUUGUGUUCAUUUAGAGCUUUUGUCGAAUGUUUUAAGGGCAUAUAUUGUGUCUAAAAACUGCUGCCUGGUUUGUUACCCAACAGUGCCUUGGCGCACUUGUCCGAACGGACCAACAUUAGCACUGGACGUGGAUUCGACUGACCCUGAAUGAAUGCUGGAGAAAGACACGGUAUUGAAUGUUUACAGUAUACAGUAUAAGGGUGAAUGUCAUGAAACCUGGCAAAAGUUCAUAAUUCACCCCAAAAUCAAUAGAUGUGGAUAGAAAGUGGAACAUGAAGAAAACGAAGCACAUUUUUAGGAUCAUUAAGAUUUUAAAAGCACAUUUUUCUUUCGAUUCUCAUUACUGUAAUGUGAAAAAAACACUUUUUUCAUUAUUGUAAUGUGGGGAUAAAAAUAUUUUUACAAUAUGGUAGCAUUUGUUAUACUGCCUUAAUUUAGGAUUAUUCAAAUAGUAAAAAACAUAAUUUCAAACUGUGCAAUAUUCCUACAAAUGCCCUUUUCAUGACUUUUUGGGUAUUUUUCUGUUGAUUUUGGGGUGUUUCCCAUGAGACGUCUUUUGAUGUUAAGUAUGGGUUUAUUAUACAUAUUCUACUAAUUCUGUCUUUGGAAAGUCACUCAAAUGGUUUUAACUUUUUCUGAUGUAAAUAUGGUUAUUCCACACUGACUUGAUCUAGUUCAGUGUGUUUUAAUGAAAUGGAAUGCAAGCUGAUGUCUCGAUGUCCUGCUGCAUGCUGGGAAAAAUGAUAACGGCUAUUAAACGUCAUGAUUUUAAGACAUUUACUGGAAGGACAUUCGACCCUUCGAAGUCGCUGAACGGACCAUCUUUAUCUUCUUAAUGAGUCCGUAGAUGAUACCCAAGGGUCGAUGUGUAUUUAUUUUGAUUUCAUUUAAAAGAUAUGGUGUGUAUAUUGCUUGCGAAAUGUAUCAAGUGUGAAUUUUGAGACGCUUUCAUGCUUUUAUUGAAAUCUUUUGGAUUUUAUCGCAAAUGUUUUGUUGCUUUUCGGUGAUUAUAUAUAACAUUUUAACGGUCCAUUUAGACAAAAUAAAUUAGUUGGUUGUAUUUCAUCUUUUAACGUGGCCACACUUCCAAAACAAUUGUACUUCCUAAUGAAUGGGUUGAGAUUUUUCUGAAUUGAUCUGAAAGGGUUUCGCUUGACGUAUUUUGUAUCGUAAUGGCUUGAGCAAUACUUUGAAUUAUGUCAACUACGCUGAAAUGCACAUGAGCGCUACUGAAUUAGUGUAAAGAGAGCAUGAAAUCAGUAUUGAGCCGCUUUUUUGGAUGACUUUGAUUCAGGCUUGUCUUUGAAUAUCGGCUUAAUGUUUGUAUGUGAGCUAUGAGCGUUCUAACAGUAUUAUUUCAUGCCAAUAAGAGUAUUUAUACUAUUGUCUUUAUGUAAAAAACCAAAAAAAUCUGUGUUACAAUGAAUUUAAUUUUGUGAAUAGGAAUGUUUUAAUUCUUGUUUUAUUUUUUAUUUUGUUCUGCAGAUGUUUGUUAACUAUGUGAAAGGGGUUUUCCUCCCUUUCUGCGGUCUUCCAUAUCACUUCAUUUUGUACAGAUGGCACAAAUCUAUCAAGAAAGGCUAACUUUGUAUCAUAUUGUGUCAUUCACUUCUGGGAGAUGUUUAUAAAAGAAAUGGUGAGAUAAAGACAUUCAUAUUUUUCACGUCAA